GAACAUGUAUAAACGGUAGCUUGCCAUUGCUCAAUUGGAUUCCGAAUAGUAACCAUGGCCCGUGCAGUAUUGUCUGCCAUCCUCCUGUGGCUUUGUCUGAUACAGUACGUCCAGGCGGGGAAGAUUCUCAUGUCUGCUGGUGUAGACAACACCCAUUACUUGUUCAGCUCCAAGAUAGGUCGUGAGUUAGUACGACGGGGUAACGAUGUCACUUUCCUUCUCAGUAGUUCCUAUAGCCACCGUUUGAACAGCAGCGACACCGAGUGGUUCAAGUUCGAAGUCUUAGACUCGCCGUACACUUACGGGGACGUACGCCAAAUGGCCCAUCAGCUUGGUUUAGAGUCUCUAAACGGUACCUAUCAAGGCAUUUCGUCCCACGUCAAGAUCCUAAUGAAUCUCAUUUUGGGCACCAAAUCCGAACCGACCGAGGAGGAGAAACGGGAGCAGUUGAAACCAACAAAACCAAUGUCCAAGUAUCUAGCUCACGAAUGCAACGCCUUCCUCGGCAACGAAGGGAUGAUGGAGAGACUUCGAAGUCUCAACUUUGACCUCAUGACCUUUGACAUUAUCAACCCCUGCAUGGCCCUCAUCGCCAAGAAGUUGUCCCUGCGGUACGCAAUCAUAACGGCGAUGCCAAUGUUGAACGGCUUCCAAGAUCGCUGGUCUGACGUGCCCUCCAACCCCGCCUACGUCCCAAUGUUCAUGAGUACAUCCGGAGAUUCCAUGACGUUCCUGCAGAGGUUCCAAAACUCCGUGGCGUUGUUCUUGACCUCGCUCAUCGCGGAUCACUUCACAUUCCGGCUGUACGAUGAGCUCCGGGUCAAGUACAACAUCCGGCCGGAUUUGACGAUGGCGGACAUCACACGUGCUGCGGAGAUAUGGCUUUUCAAUACGCAUUUUGCGAUUGAUUACGCGAGACCGAUCAUGCCUAAUACAAUUAUGGUAGGAGGAUUAUCAGCAGACGAACCUAAACCUCUGGAUAAGGAUUUGGAGGAAUUCUUCGAGGGAUCUGGAGAUGCCGGUGUCGUUGUUUUCUCAUUGGGUUCCGUGGUUGAGAUCAUGAGCGAGAGUCAGGCAGAUAUGGUCGCCAGGGCAAUGGCGCGACUUCCCCAGCGAGUACUUUGGAGAAUUCACGGUCAGCCGCCCAAGAAUAUCGGUAGUAACACCAAGGCUGUGACGUGGUUACCACAAAAUGACGUUCUAGGCCAUCCCAAAACCAAGCUGUUGAUUUACCACGGGGGCAGUAAUGGGAUGACUGAAACCAUGUUCCACGGAGUGCCUGUUGUGACCAUACCGCAGUUUGGUGACCAAAUUGACCUCGCAAUGCGCCUUAAAAGACGAGGAAUGGGAGAGAUAAUCAGUAUGGCAGACUUUACCGAGGACAUGAUCUACGAAACAGCCGUCCGCAUCUUGAACAAUGACAGUUACGCCGCCAACGCCAAACGUAUGUCGGCCAUCAUGAAACACAACGCGGCCCCACAACUCCAAGUUGCCGCCCACUGGGUAGAACACGUGAUGCUUCACGGGGGUGGCUACCUCCGAUCCAAAGCGGGUCAACUAACUACCGUCCAGUAUUACCUACUGGAUGUCAUAGCCGUCGCUGCGUCCAUCAUCGUUGCAGUGGUUAUCACUUUAGGGUGUGCAUGCAGAUUAAUGUGUCGCCGAUGUACGAAUUACGCCCAAGUGAAGAUGAAGACGCUGUGAGGCUCAUAGAAACUGCCGUGUCCGAAACGGCGAUUUCGGUUACAUCAAGUUAUGGCUAGAUCGCGCGCGUCUGCCUAUUCUUCAACACUGGCAGACGCGCUGAUCUAGCGGUAGCUGUAGCCGAAGUCAGCGUUUCAGACACGGCUGAAAGCCUCUAUCCGAAUCUUAAUGGCCAAGAAUUGCUAAACGGAGGCAUUGGGUUUGCAAGCCUUUUUGUAAAACCAUGAAGGACAGAAAUUGCUUUGAUUUUAAUAACAGUAGACGUUAUCAUGUGGUGCGCUAUUUUAAUCGUUUUGGUGGCUUUUAUGGACUGUCAGGAAUGACACUUCCCAUGCACUCGAAUCUUGCUUCCGUUGAUCCUGAUCCAAUUUGGGGUCAGUAAGGAACUCGAAUGUGGUUCAAAAUGACGUAGAAACUAGUAGAAAAUUACAGAAUGCGGAUUAAAAUCCCACAUUUUCAGUACUUUACUGGUCAUCAGCCUGAAUCGGAAAUAGGUUACGCCUCAAUGGACCUAGAAUCCUGGUCAGUUCUGAUCCGGAAAUUUUCGGAGUGCAGUUUUGUGUCUUUAGUUUUGUCGAUUCUGCGGAUUGUAUGCUACUGCCGGGAAUCAGUUAGUUAAUUCAUGGUGAUUUGCGAAUCUAGCCGUUUGUCAGAAAAUCAGAUUAGCUUAAGAUUUUUCUUUAAACUUGGUUUUUGAUUUAAAACAAUUGAUAGUUGCUGAAACCAACUUUUUAUAUUAUUUAAUUUUUGACAUUUUUACAAAGAUAUUACGGUGUUCAGGAUACGAAAAGACUAGAUCUGACCUGUUGUUUCCACGUCGUGUGGUAUUAUAAACAAAAAUGGCUUUGUGCAGUAAACAAUAAAAUGGUUUACCAAUCUA